AUGAGCCACCACCGAAGGAUAAGGAGCGCACCGUGCAUAUUCCUGAAGUUGAACAAAAUCUACGGAUGGGAGCCGGUGUUUUAUGACGAUUCCAGUUCCCUGCCAUCUGACAUGCCGUCCGACCUAAAGGAAUACAUUAAGGAUAAGGGAGUGAAGCAGCAGCAAACGCUGAACACCGUUUGGGUAUCAUGCGAAGUUGCAAGUGAAGACGAUAGAAACAACAUUGGACCGAUUCAAUUCUAUCCGCGUCGUGGAUUCCCGGGAUACUAUUAUCCGUUCGAGAACACCGAUGGCUACCUGAGUCCGCUCGUUGCCGUACGUUUUGAGCGGCCUGCUCGUGAUCAGAACAUUAAUGUGGAGUGCAAAGCGUGGGCACGCAACAUCAAGCAAGACAGAUACGAUCGGUUUGGUUUGGUUCGAUUCGAGCUUAAGAUCGAGUCAUAAGUUCGUAUGUUCUGAGCCCACCAUCGCGAUCAGUGGUAGCAGUUGCAGCAGUAACAAGAGUAGAAAUAGAACAUUUAAUAAAAAUGCGGCCAGUU